GCCGCCGCCGCCGCCGCCGCCGCAGCUGGAGCCACCGCCGCCGCCUCCACCUCCACCGCCAGAGGUCUUGCAAACCACUGGAGGGGCAGGAGAGGAGGGAAAGAAGAUGAUGUGAGCACAUCCAACUCCAGCUCCGUGAUGCACAGUCCCACCACCUUUGCAGGCUGUGUUGGAGGGGAUGUAGGAAAGGAGGAAACAGAAGGCUGCUUCUCUGACCUGAGGUAUGUGACACCAUUCUGGGCCCCCAAAUGACACUAGGUUACAGCUCCUGUGUUUGGGGAGCUUCGGUCUGAUUGAAACCUGUUUGUCAUAACCUUUAAGUGGCCAAAACCAUGUGAUUCUCAUGUAACUGAAGUUAAAAGGGCCACAGGUGGUUUGUAAGGAAUAAAAUAUACACAGACCAGGGCCUUGGGAGCUUGGCAAGAUAGGACUAGAACUUUGGAAGCCCUUUAUCUUCCAUGGAAUGAAAACAAUUUUCUUCUACUGUCCUGGUCCAGGAAGUAUAAGGUGGCCUCUGGCGCUGCUACUUCCCUUGUCUCUCCAGCCUCCUGGCCAGCAGUUUGAAGGGAUGUUUGUGUCUGGAUGUUAAGUGGGAAGUACAGCUGACAGGAAGAAGCACUGUUCUGCAGUGGAAUUCCCUCUCCUGGCAGCUUUCCUGUAGUCAUCCCACCGCUGAUUCCAUGUCCCACACUACUUUCCCUUCCCAGAUUCUAAGGGGUAGAUUGUAAUAGUUACAUACUGCUCAUGACACAUCAACUGGACACAUCUCUUCAAGUUAGAGCUGUCUGUGGGGGCAGGCUCAUCACUGCUUCUUUACUCUUCAUGCUAAAAUUCCCAGGUUCUGGGGCUUUAUCAGGAUGUAUGGACUUUUGGAUCCUCCUGGAGCACGCUCUGCCAAGGGCAAGGACCUUAAUAAGAUUGUUUAAAGCUUCCCGAGGAGCUCCUCAGCGUAUACAGGAAACUACAACCAGCACUACAGCUGCCCACCAUAGUAUUUCCCCUUUACUGGGAUCAUUUAAAAGCAAGGCAUGAGGUCCUCUUAGAGCUGCCACUGUGAGUGGGAAUGACAGUAAGGGUUUCGAAGCUGAGCCCAGCAAGCGGAAGAAGGACGCUGACCUGUGUUCACUAGCCUCCAGACAUGCUGUAAACUGCUCAUGUGGCAGAUCCCAGCUUUCGCAGGUAGCAAACAGCGUUUACAAUUGAAGACCACAUGUGGAUCCAAUCUCUGCUAAGCUUUUGGAAUGUCAGUUGAAUCAGGCUGUCUCAGACUCUGGCUGCAUAUGGUCCACUGGAUCCAGAGCUUUCUGUGUUAGCCCUGAAGCAGAGGCAAAGACACCGAGCCUGCUUCCUCCCCUGCAACAAGAAAUCUGCCUGUGCUACUCAGCUGGUUAAUGUAGAGUUAACUCAGAAUCUGCAGCUGUGUGAUGUCAACCCCCUACGCCCAAGUCUUCCAAGAUGAGAAACUGCAUAGAGGCUGCCUGGGUGAGGCUGGCAAGGCCUUCGACAGCUCUCUUCCUGAGGUUCCUGCCUUUUCUCAGCUGCCACCAUGUUUAUGGAUCUCUCAGGCUCUGCUCUCCCAGGGGCCCAUGUUCCUGUGAAGCACCCCGCAGGACAGGCAGCGCCUUGGACUGGUUCUUGGUGCUUUCGCACUCUAAACAACAGAAGAAAGCCACCCAUCGAGACACCAGGAGGUCAUGCACAGCAGAGGGUCACCUUUACUUGUCAGGAGGCAGCAUGGGUCGGUACAUCAGCAGCACUGAUCUAGGGGCAGUAAAGGGUGCUUCUCAGCUUGGGGACAAAAAGGACAAAAUACCUUCCUGCCAGUGUCUGAAAGGAUGCCUGCUAUCAUCCAGUCACUUGAAGAGCAGAAAUGAGGCUUUCAUCGAUCCAGGGAGGAUGUCCCAUCAGAAGUGGCAACAAUGCAAACUUCCUUGUCAGCCCCCUCCUCAGGUCCUGGAGCCCGGCCCUCUCAAGGUGCCCGAGCCCUGCCCUCCACCCCCCAGCCAGCAGAAGUGCCCUCCUGCUCAGCGACCUUCAUGCCAACAGGAAUGUCUGCCAAAGCGGAAGUGAAUCAUCUGAAGCUACCACACCCUACACCUGGACCUGAAGGUGCCAAGCCCUCUCCCUGCCAAUGCUGUACCUCCUUCUAGCAUCCACAAAGAACAACACACAGCCCAGGGAAACUUCUCAGCUGACCCAAGGAGAGUGAUACCUCCAUUCAAGCUUUCUUGUAGUGGAUCAGCAGAUCCCUCUGAGCCUCAUUCUCUAGCAACCAGCAGAGGACAGAGAGAAGUGCUGUGAUCCUCCAAGGCCUGCCCUGCGGCCUUAUGAACUGUGUUCACUGUGGCCAGGACAGGCUGCUCCUCCAGGUGCUCCUGUUGGUCUGAGAAGAACCUUAGAACAAGGGAAGAUUCUUUCAAUGAUGUCUCCUGCCGCACUCCAAACUUUUCUGAAGUUUUGAGAAGCCAAAAUGCAUUAAACUAACUGCCUUAAAUGAGUGGAAAAUUACCCCAACUUCCUUUUUUGCUUUACUCUUAAGUUAGUGUGGUGAAAUCUAUUUCAAAUCACCAAUUUUUUAUUUCUAAAGACAGAUGACUUCACCUCUGGACCCUAGGCCUGGAAAGCUCCCAACCCUCUGUGAUGCUGUUACUUUUAACUUCCUACUCUUUUAAUAAAUCCAGGUGUUCAUGUGUGCAUCUGGCUGUGGUCGCUGGCUGGGAAGAGCAUGCCCCAGAUGGAAAAGUGGGUGCUGCAGAGGAACAGUGCUUGGAAGAGCCACCAGGGGGAAGUCAGGAGGCCACAUGAAGGGCUGAGAAGUUGGCAUUCUCCCCACUCUGAGCUUCCUGUGGGGCUCACAUUACCGGGGCUGCCUGCUGCAGUCCUCUCCCUUUCUCAGGGAAGUUGUUGCAAGCAGGAAGGUUGGAGUGUGGGCCCGGGGUGCUGGCAUCAGGGUUGGGGUUCAGCCAGCUGGAAGUGGGGUCUUCAGAGCACAAAGGAUGCUAGACUUCGGGCAGAGGCCUCGACUCUGAGCUUGAAGAUGACCAUCUUGGGAGGCAUAGAAGAGCCAGGCCUCUGCGGCCUCCAUCAUGCUGGAAGUGCAGGCUGUGAGGAGGUUGUAGGAUUUUCACUUUUAAAUUAGAGGACCACGUCUUCUUAGCACAGCGGCUUGUGGGUUACAUUCCAGACUGUCAGUAACCGAUGAGCAUUCACUGUGUUUCAGGGCCAGGGCCAGGCCUGCUUCAAAGAGGUGUGCUGAUCUGUAGGUGGGCAGGCCAGGCUGUGGCUGGCACAGAGAAGUCGGGCAGUGCUCUGAGUGGAGGAGCAGAGAGUGUAAGAAGACACCUGAGGAGAAUGCUGGUGGCUCCCAGGGGAGAAUGGGAUCGAAUCCCCAGAGCUUGGCUCCGCAAGUGCAGCUGGCUGCUGGCUGAGCGCAGCUGUGCUUUACUUGUUUCAGCCACCAUUCCACUCUGUUAACCACCUUUUUCCUUCAGGACUUUAGAUCAGUUGUCAUGACAUGGAUUGUUGCACCUUUAGGAAUUAGUCCUCACCCUGAGGAAGUCCUCCGGCCAGCAGAAGACAGCAGGGGAGGCAGGCGCAGCCCCUGCUGUCUGCACGCUCCUGGGGGAAGCCCCGGGAGGCAGCAGGGCUGCUGUGUGUAGUUGUUGAGCAGAAAUGGUGACUGCGGGGAAGAAGGGGUACAGUUACUUGAUGUCUGAAGGAGAUUUUCAGCACUUACAGGCGAACCCCAGUCUAGGGCAUCUACCUAAGGUGUGUGUGCUGCCUCAGGAAGUCUUCAAACAGCUGCUGGCUCACAAGUCAGAGCCUUGUUGAAAAGAUUCUCAUCCGGUGACCCAUUAGAUUGAUCUUCCGAGUGCUUUCAACCCUCCUUUUUUUCUAUCUGUAUUCCCAGUUCAGGACUGUCGCGAGCAAUUCUACGUAAUUUGGGGGGGAAAAUCAUUUGAUUAGGCCUAGUUGUCCCGUCUACAGGGCAGCUGUGGCAUGUUGAGACAUAACUCCAGUUUGGCCUCUGGUCACUGCUAAGACCUCAAUGGUCCGGGGAUGCUGUGAUGAUCCAGGACAAGAUUACAGCAGCUGGGGCCGGGGAUUUAGCUCAGUGCAAGGACCCGAGU